CCAUAUAUAUUAUCUGAUCUCUCAUCGAAUUGGGCAUGGAAUUGGGUUUGACUUGGUUCAAACUUGAAAUUGAAGCUGAUUUGAUAUUGGUACAAGCACUACUGCAUUUUGGAUAGUGAACUAGCUGAUCUUGCAAUCUGUAUUUAAGCUGAUAACAAUGGCCGAUCGGAAAGGUAAUGUGAAGCCUGCGAAUGGGAAGGCAUCUGGAACUACGGCGGGGAGCUCCAGUGCAUAUGUGAUUGAUGUUAAUAACUUCAGCAAGCGGCUGAAGCUGUUGUAUACGCAUUGGGAUGAACACCACAGUGGUCUAUGGGGUAACUCGGAUGUGCUUGCUAUUGCAACUCCUCCGACUUCAGAUGAUCUGCGGUACCUGAAGUCGUCGGCGUUGAAUAUCUGGUUGGUGGGGUUUGAGUUCCCGGAUACUAUCAUGGUGUUCACGAAGAAGCAGAUCCAUGUUUUGUGUAGCCAGAAGAAGGCCUCUCUGCUGGAUAUUGUGAAGAAGCCUGCGAAAGAGGCGGUUGGUGUUGAAGUUGUGAUGCAUGUGAAGCUCAAGAGUCAGGAUGGAACGGGGAUGAUGGAUAGCAUUUUUCAAGCUGUGAAGGCCCAAUCGAGCUCUAGUAGUAGAUCUAACCCUGUUGUUGGACACAUAGCAAGAGAGGCUCCGGAAGGGAAGCUUUUGGAGACUUGGAUGGACAAGUUGAAUAAUGCUAAUUUCGAGUUAGCUGAUGUAACAAAUGGGUUCUCAGACUUAUUUUCUGUCAAAGACUCCUCUGAGCUGACGAAUGUGAAGAAAGCUGCAUUCUUGACUUCUUCGGUGAUGAGGAGUUUUGUGGUACCUAAGCUUGAAAAAGUCAUUGAUGAGGAGAAGAAAAUUUCACAUUCGUCACUGAUGGAUGAAACAGAAAAGACCAUAGUGGAACCUGCAAGAAUUAAGGUGAAGCUGAAGGCAGACAAUGUUGAUAUUUGUUAUCCUCCAAUUUUCCAGAGUGGCGGAGGAUUUGAUCUAAAACCAAGUGCUUCAAGCAAUGAUGAGAAUCUUUGCUAUGACUCUACCAGUGUAAUUAUAUGUGCUGUUGGAUCACGGUACAACAGCUACUGCUCAAAUGUUGCUCGAACGUUUCUGAUUGAUGCGAAUUCUACACAGAGCAAAGCUUAUGAGGUUCUGCUUAAAGCUCAAGAAGCAGCAAUUAGUAAAUUGAAAUCUGGGAACAAGUUAUGUGCCGCAUACCAAGCUGCAGUUUCAGUAGUUGAAAAGGAGGCUCCAGAGUUGGCUGGGAACUUGACUAAAACAGCAGGAACUGGAAUUGGCCUUGAGUUUCGUGAGUCCGGUCUUAAUCUGAAUGCCAAGAAUGAUCGGAUUUUCAAACAAGGCAUGGUUUUCAACGUGUCUCUUGGUUUUCAGAACUUGCAGGCACAAACAAAAAACCCAAAGACCCAGAUAUUUUCACUAUUAUUAGCAGAUACAGUUAUUGUUGGUAAAGAGAGCCCUGAAAUUUUGACUAAUGUAAGCUCUAAAGCUGUGAAGGAUGUGGCUUACUCAUUCAAUGAUGAUGACGAUGUUGAAGAAGAGAGGACAAAAAUCAAAGCCGGUAAUAAAACUCCUGGGAGUACCAAGAGUAAGGCCACACUUAGGUCAGACAACCAUGAAAUGUCAAAGGAAGAAAUACGGAGGCAGCAUCAGGCAGAACUUGCCCGCCAAAAGAAUGAAGAAACUGCUAGGAGGCUUGCUGGUGGGGAUUCUGCAGCAACAAACAAUCGUGGUGCUGGCAAGACAAUUGGUGAUCUGAUUGCAUAUAAGAAUGUCAAUGAUCUGGCUCCUCCAAGAGAGUUAAUGAUUCAGGUUGAUCAGAAAAAUGAAGCCAUCCUCGUGCCGGUUUAUGGAAACAUGGUUCCUUUCCAUGUAGCCACCGUGAAGAGUGUUUCCAGCCAUCAGGACACUACCCAGGACAGUAACCGAAAUUGCUACAUCCGUAUAAUCUUUAAUGUACCUGGCACUCCAUUUACUCCUCAUGAUGCAAAUUCCCUCAAGUUUCAAGGAUCAAUUUAUUUGAAGGAAGUUUCGUUCCGCUCUAAAGACCAAAGGCAUAUAAGUGAAGUAGUACAGCUUAUUAAAACCCUUCGCCGCCAGGUUGCCUCAAGGGAGUCUGAAAGAGCUGAGAGGGCAACUUUAGUUACACAGGAAAAGCUCCAACUAGCCGGAGCCAAAUUCAAGCCAAAGAGAUUGCCUGAUCUAGAGAUUCGUCCCAGUUUUGGUGGUCGUGCUAGAAAGCUCACAGGAUCAUUGGAAGCCCAUGCAAAUGGGUUACGGUAUACUACUUCAAGGUCUGAUCAGCGUGUGGACGUUAUGUUUAGCAAUAUCAAACAUGCAUUUUUCCAGCCAGCAGAGAGGGAAAUGAUUACCUUGGUCCACUUUCAUCUGCACAAUCACAUUAUGGUGGGAAACAAAAAGACCAAGGAUGUACAAUUUUAUACAGAAGUGAUGGAUGUAGUCCAGACACUUGGUGGUGGAAAGAGGUCUGCCUAUGAUCCUGAUGAGAUUGAGGAAGAGCAUCGUGAGAGACAACGAAAGAACAAAAUUAAUAUGGAGUUCCAGAACUUCGUGAACCGAGUAAAUGAUUUGUGGGGGCAACCUGAGUUCAAAUCUCUUGACCUCGAGUUUGAUCAGCCCCUUAGAGAGCUUGGCUUCAAUGGAGUACCUCAUAAAUCCUCAUGUUUCAUCGUCCCAACUUCAAGCUGCCUGGUGGAGCUGAUAGAGACACCGUUUGUGGUAAUUACUCUAAGUGAGAUUGAAAUAGUGAACCUUGAAAGAGUUGGUCUAGGGCAAAAAAACUUUGAUUUGACUAUUGUAUUCAAGGACUUCAAGCGGGAUGUAUUUAGAAUUGAUUCCAUCCCAUCAACAUCACUAGAUGGCAUCAAGGAGUGGUUAGACACAACUGAUCUCAAGUAUUAUGAGAGCAGGUUGAAUCUUAAUUGGCGGCCUAUACUGAAGACCAUUACCGAUGACCCUGAAAAGUUCAUAGAAGACGGUGGAUGGGAAUUCUUGAACUUGGAGGUGAGUGAUUCUGAUUCUGACAAUUCUCAGGAGUCAGACCAAGGGUAUGUGCCUUCAGAUGUACAGUCAGAAUCAGGUUCAGAAGAUGAGGAUGAUGAGAGUGAGUCAUUGGUGGAGUCCGAGGAUGAUGAGGAAGAAGAGUCUGGAGAAGACUCGGAAGAGGAAGAGGGAAAGACAUGGGAAGAGUUGGAGAGGGAAGCGACCCAUGCAGACAGGGAAAAAGGAAAUGACUCCGACAGUGAAGAGGAGAGGGCAAGAAGGAAGGUGAAGUCUUUUGGAAAAUCUCGGGUACCAGACAAGAGAAACCUUGGUGGCAGCCUUCCUAAGAGGCCCAAAUUUAGGUGAGUUUUGACAAAGUAUGCAGCAGUUUGAGCCUUUGAGCCACAGCAUGACUGGCCAUUUAAUUACCAGUAUUAUAGGAAUUCUAUUUGCUGAUAUUAAAGAAAAAGUAAUAAAUAUAAAAAAGAAAAAAAACAAUCGACAGGGCUUUUGUUUUACAUUUGUUGUUCGACUUGUAUGUUAGAACUGACCAACUUUUGCAAAAACUAGUCAAAAAUUACGUACGGUUCAUAAUUUCAUAUGUGCAUGUAUUGGCAACCG